AACAUUAUUGACCGGAAGUUCAUAUCCAAAACAACACCAGAAAAUGGUGUAAAUUGGAAGCAGGGAUAAUAAUUCAUUUUAGACACCAAAGCAGAUGUAAGGAAGCCUAUAAACACGCUAAGAUGCCGACAAGACAGAGAAAGAUAGCCCUUAUGGGCUUCCGAUCUGUCGGAAAAUCCUCUGUCACUAUACAGUUUGUUGAGAACCACUUUGUGGACUCCUACGACCCAACCAUCGAAAAUACUUUUCAGAAGAACCAGAAGAUCAAUGGUCAGGAUUAUGUUUUGGAUGUCGUAGACACCGCUGGUCAGGACGAGUACUCCAUUCUACCUCAGACCUAUUUUAUGAGUAUAGACGGUUAUAUACUUGUGUACUCUGUCAACUCUCGUAAAAGCUUUGAUGUUGUCAAGGUGAUUUAUGACAAACUGUUGGACAUGAAAGGCAAUAUUAAGGUGCCUAUUAUACUGGUUGGGAACAAGAGAGAUGUAGCGGAGCAGUUUCCUGGUGAGAGGGAAGUCCCAGAGGAUGAAGCUAAAGGACUUGCUAGAAAGUGGGAAGUUCCCUUCAUGGAGACUUCAGCCAAGGAACAUGAGAGUGUAAAAGAAGUGUUUUCCAAAAUCAUCAUGGCAAUAGAGCGUCUGGAAGGAAACGAGCCGGAAAAAUCCUCGUGUAUAUUAUCAUAGUGAUAGCUUCGGUUACCAUCAAUAUAUAUAUAUAUUAUAUAUAUACUUGUAUUAAUAGUAAACAGGAAAUCACCUGUUUGCACCUGUACAGCGACCUUAUUAAUAGUAAACAGGAAAUCACCUGUUUGCACCUGUACAGCGACCUAAUUAGAACCUGUUCAUACCUAUAUUUAGGGUACAGCUUGUCCUGCCAUGAGGUGAAUUCUGUCCCCACAAAUUGAUUACUAUGUUUGGAUCACCUUAAUUUGGAGAAUGCUGAUGCUGAAAAAUUUGGUAUGUUGAAGUAUGAUAACCAUGUUAUCCCUGAGACAGAUAUUAUGUCAUAAUAUCAGAUAUAAUGUCAUUUUGUCAUUACCUGGUAUGUCGUUAUGUCAGAUAUUAUACCUGGUAUGUCGUUAUGUCAGAUAUUAUACCUGGUAUGUCAGGUAUUACCU